GGGAUAACCCGCGGCCGCGCCUGCGAGCUCGCACCCCUCUCGCGCUCCCAGUCCUCCGGCGCAGCGGCUCAAAGUGCGCCCCUCGCCCUCCUGCUCGCGUCCCGCUGCCAUGGCCGCCUCCCCCGCGCGGCCCGCUGUCCUGGUCCUGACCGGGCUGGCGCUGCUCCUGCUCCUGUGCUGGGGCCCAGGUGGCAUAAGUGGAAAUAAACUCAAGCUGAUGCUUCAAAAACGAGAAGCACCUGUUCCAACUAAGACCAAAGUGGCCGUUGAUGAGAACAAAGCCAAAGAAUUCCUCGGCAGCCUGAAGCGCCAGAAGCGGCAGCUGUGGGACCGGACCCGGCCCGAGGUGCAGCAGUGGUACCAGCAGUUUCUCUACAUGGGCUUUGACGAAGCGAAAUUUGAAGAUGACAUCACCUAUUGGCUUAACAGAGAUAGAAAUGGACACGAGUACUAUGGUGAUUACUACCAACGUCACUAUGAUGAAGACUCUGCAGUUGGUGCCCGGAGCCCCUACAGCUUUAGGCACGGAGCCAGCGUCAACUACGACGACUACUAACCAUGACUUGCCACACGCUGUACAAGAAGCAAAUAGCGGUUCUCUUCAUGUAUCUCCUAAUGCCUUACACUACUUGGUUUCUGAUUUGUUCUACUUUGUGUGAUCAAAAAAGAAGAGUUAAAACAACACAUGUAAAUGCCUUUUGAUAUUUCAUGGGAAUGCCUAACAAUGCAUCUCAUUUAAAAAUAGAAAUAAAGCAUUUUGUUAAAAAGAAAA